CACCGACGCUCAAUGUCAAGAAGAGAGCAGGUACUCUCUCGCUGCCACAAGUCAGAGGAGCAGUGACCCAAAUACAAACUAGAGAAAAAAAAGUGGCGCACGUCGGGCGGGACGUGAUCAGAUCUCUAAGGCAGAUCUGCGCCACAACGACGAUGACUUGCAAUACUGUGAUACACGACGAGGUCAACAAUGUGGCCAGGCGGCAGCGAGCUGCCAUGGCAGUAACUCUGCACUCCAGCUGAACGUUCUUGAGCGGGACUGAUACGAGAAUGGUCAGCUCCUCCAGAGGACAGUACUAAAGGCGCCUACACAAUGCUAUGAAGUCGUCACUUGCCCCGCGAAAAUCCUCCUGCACCAACAACAUGAGCGAAAAGUCCGAAGAUAAGCCUCUUUCUUCCCCCUCCGGCCACUUCCAACAAGCGCACAUCCUCAUCUACAGCGAUAUCUCCCCCUCGCAAGCACCCCCACCCCUUGUCUACCCCUCCUCCAAAUCCCCUUCCCGGCUUCGCUGGGCGGCCUUGGCCUGGGCUGUGCUUCUCGCCCUCGCAAUGCUGGGACCACUUGCAGCUCUGCUCGUCUACAUCUUCGUCAUUCACGGCUACGUUGUUGACGUAGACGGCGGCGUCAUCUACACCGGAGCGGCGUUCAAUGUCAUCACGUCCCUGUCCAACAUUGUCAGUAAAGUCAGCGAUCUGGCACUAGUGCCCGUCGUGGGCUUGAUGGCUACAAUCGUUGCCGCAGAGUGGUAUCGCGCAAGUAAUGUGUACGAAGGACGAGGCAGGCCAACACCUGUGCACCUCGGCGCGGCCAUGAGUCUUCUGGGCGGGCCCAACCCACGCACCCUCUGGGAAGCACUCCGCCUUUGGCUAGGCUGGGGUUCCACCUCUCGCCACUCGCACGUAAGAAUGCCAAAGACGUUGCGCCUCUCGAUUCUGCUGUGUACCUGGCUCCUCGUACUCCACUAUGGCAUCAGUGCGCUCGAUCAGGCACUGCAUUGGACUACGCAUCCGCGCUCAGUUGUUGAGAAGAUGAAAGAGGCCCUGCUCACCCAAGAUAUGAGCUACAGCCGCCCUUUCAAUGACACGAGGUGCGCUGAGUGGAAGGCGGAUCCGGAGAAUGCGGACAGAGACUCGUACAUUCGGGAUUCGUGCGGGCUAAACAAUGGCAGCAACAAUGUCAUGUACAUCGACCAACCUGAAGCGGCUCGCACCUUCGCCAACGCCUCAACUAGCAACUCUGCCGCCUGGACGAAUCAGGGCUCCGCAAUCAUGGUGCCCGCAACGAGGCCCAACAUAAGCUACACGGCCAGGGCGCUGGGAGUGAGGGCGAACUGCAAGUCCCUCACGCAGCAGUGUAUUACUUGCAAGGCGGACGGAUCCUGUGUGGGCGCCACGGGGACGUCGGAGGCGAGUCUCCGGUUCACCUGUCCGACGCUCAACACUACCAGCGUCAAUGUGGGCGAGACUACGUAUGUCGACGGGCUGAUCGAUCCGGCCACCAACGGCCAGAUGUCGCUAAGCGGGCCCGCCGACUAUUUUGCGGGCCUUGCGCAAGCUAACCCCUUUCGCUACGCCUUCGUCGGCCAAAGCUUCGCCUAUGCCGGCAUCGGCGACUACCUCAGCGGCCAGCUGGUCGGCGACACGGGAUUCAUCACUUGGGGCCACCAAGGCGGGCUGAACGUCGUCGACUGCCAGGUCAUGGUGGUGGACACCGUCUACAAGUUCACGCCCCCCUCAACCUACACCGUCCAGUCGUCGGUGCCUAGCUCGCUGCUGCACGCGCAAUAUCUCUCCAACUUCGUGCCCACGGGAGCCGCGAUCACCACCGCGGUACAAGGGGCCGGGACGAGGCCGGGUAGUAUGAGCUUUGCGGAUGCGGCCGCCCUCGAGCUGGCAAAAAGGACCGUGGCUGGCGCGGCCGUGCUGUUCGACUCUGCGCCCUUGGUUGAGGUGCUAGGCCGGCCCGUCGUGGGAAGCACGGUGAGGCUGUCCGUUUUGGCCUUGUUCUGUCUAUUUGCAGGCCUCUUUGGCCUCACCUCCCUCCUCGUAGGUCUCCUCGCCGCCGCCUCCCUGCGGGACAUCACGAGCCCGCUCGUCUCGGUGAUCCGCCAAAGACUGCUCGGCCCGUACGGCGUGCUGCUCGAUCUGUACGGUCGCCCCUCUGAGCGGGAGAAGGACCUCAUGUCCGACACGCUUACGGAGAUGUUCGACGACACGCACGAGGGGGAUCGUCUGGUCAUCGGGCCACGACUAGAGGGCAGGAGAUGGCGCGUUCGCUCGCACAGACAGGAGCAGGCUCUUUGAUUCCGAAUGCAGCGAAAGGAGGGGAGGAGAAAGUGUCCACAAUCUUGUACUUGUAUCGCGGGUAGGGCCCACAUGACUUAAUUCAGUAUCACGGUACACGACACAGCUGAUCUUGUCUUUACGGCCUGUUCUGUCGCUCUCCGUCCUCUUGAACGGCGAGCCGACCUCAACCUCGAUCCCAGUCUCAGUCACUGGAGCGUCAUGCAUACUUGAACUCAAUUCAUCU